CUGCUUCUUGUCGCGGUCUGCGAACAAGCAACAAGCCACGUCGGCACGUCGGUGUCCAGUGCGUGACCAAAUUCGAUUUCGAAUGUUUUUGCGUGCGCUGGCAUUUUCCGAGCGGGUUCGUUUUGCUUGUUCGAGCUGCAAAAUUUAGCAAGGUAUGGAAACGAGUAACUGCGCGGUGCUGCUGGAAGCAGUAAAUUUUGCUGCUAUAAAGCACAGGAAUCAACGUAGAAAGGAUAAAGAAGGGACGCCGUACAUAAACCAUCCCAUUGGUGUCGCACGAAUACUGACACAUGAAGGGAAGAUUUUUGAUAUCACAACGUUGCAGGCCGCAGUUCUCCAUGACGUAGUUGAAGACACGGACACUACUUUUGAAGAGCUUGAAAAGUUGUUUGGCAAGAAGGUUAGAGACAUUGUUGCUGAAGUCACCGAUGACAAGACGCAACCAAAGGAGGUGCGAAAGCAGCUGCAGAUAGAGAACGCCUCAAAAUGCAGCAAUGAAGCACGCCUUAUAAAAUUAGCAGACAAAUUGUACAACCUCCGCGACCUGCACGCCUCAACCCCAGAAGGAUGGUCAGAACGCAGGGUGCAAGAAUAUUUCGAUUGGGCCAGGAAAGUUGUGGAAGGACUCAGAGGAACAAAUAAGGACUUGGAGACAGAGCUUGACAAAUUGUUCAAAGAGCAUAACAGUCCAAUAGAAUCUGUGGCUUUAUAGCUUUUUGAGCUCCAGACACGGCAGUAUGUGAUGACAUUCAUUUGUGUAUUAAUAAGCAGCGGCUUAUAAGGAAGUAUCUAGUAUUUUUGGAUAUGAUGCUCGAAUAUAUGAGUCACGUCAGUCAGGACUUACACCAAGAGAAGUUUACUUUUGUUGUUCCGGAUAGGGGGAAAGUUUAAGAGCAAGAGAGGGGUUUUCGUGAAAAUGUGUGCUGUGUCCAUAACGCAUUAGAUUACCGUAAUUUCACGCGUAUUAGCCGCAGCUUAUGCGCAAUUUUUUUUUCUCACGGCCGCUCUGCGGCUUAUCUGAUGACUAUUUUUUUCCUGGUAUUUUCCCCAUACGCCGGUUUUAACAAAAGGGCCGACAGUGUCUCUGGAACAGCACUGCCCUGCUGAUGCACGAACAGUGCGUAACAGGGACGGGUCCACAUUCGAGUAGGUUGAUGUUCCUGGUGCAUUCCCCCAAGCAGCUUGACAGUGAUUCACAUCUUCUGGAAGACCACUGACCCAUCAAUCCAUGAAAAACGCCCAACAAGGGCACAGUCCGAUCUUGGUAGAACUCUAUAGAGCUGACCUCCUUUGUUGUACACUAUGCCAACCCUGGAGUAUGAACCACAGGGUUUAUGGCCUUCUCUACGGUCUUCUUUGUCGCACAAAUCAGACGUCUCGUAUUGCCCGCAGCUUAUCUGCUAUAAAAUUUUCAAAACGUUCCUAAAAACGCGUCCUGCCGCUUAUCUGUGGUGCGGCUUAUACGCGUGAAAUUACGGGAAUUGUUCCCAGUGAUACGCAGUUAAUGUGACAGUGCUCUGUACUACAAUUUAUAUAGAGGUAUUAUGCCAUUUUGUCUUAGAGAAUAAACAUAAACGUGUCAAAAUUAGCUGAGUUCACUCGGCAUAUUACUGCUCUACCUCCUUUACAUGGCUCCAGGUGGCAUCAUAUCAUGUGCAUAUUAGGUUCAUCUUAGAAAGUGUUAUAUAUAGAAAAUAUAUAUAUAUAGAAAAUUAUAUAUACAUUUUUAUCCUCAUUUUUCAAACAAAAUUGUGGAAACUCAGUAUGGCUUCAUGAAGGGCAGAUCGACCCUCAGUAACUUGGCAUCCUUCAUGUCAUUUGUUCCCCCCCCCACUCCCCUGUCAAUUCGCAUGGUCAAGUUGAUGUUAUAUACUUUUAUGUACUUUUAUGCAAGUUAGCAUCAUAUGGUGUAUGCAACUGCUUGGUGCGCUUUUUUUAUAUUCGUAUUUGAGUCAUUCCCAUUCUGUCUGCAUCGAUGGCGAGUAUUUAAAUGUGUACUUGGUCCACCUCUGAGGUUCCUCAGGGAUCAAAUCUUGGACCGUUACUGUUCAAUAUGUUUGUAAAUGAUAAUGUAUCACGUAUUGAGCAUUCCACGAUAUUGCAGUAUGCCGAUGAUCUUAAAGUAAUGGAAGUUAUAUCUUCUCACUCUGUCUGUGUACUGCUACAAAAGGAUGUGUCUUGGCCAGGCGCGGAUCUAGGGAGGGGGGUCCAGGGGUCCGGACCCCCCUCAAUUCCAGUCUUGAACAUAGGCUUCAAUGGACCAAUCCCAGCAUGCACCAGGCACUUGUCCAUAGUGCCCCCCCCCCCCUUCGGAAAAACCCUAGAUCCGCCCCUGAUCUUGGCAUACAGCAAAAACUAAGGUUGCUUUGUUCACUCGUAAAAAGAACGUUACUAUCUUUCCAUACCCUUGCAUUGAUGAGAUACAUCGUGCGGACACUGUUCGUGAUCUUAGUAACUUCCGACUCCAAACUGCAUUUCCGCGAACGUGUCACGGCGGUUAGAUCCUCAGCACUGCGGGUCUGGACUGGGUCUUUUAACCUAUAAAUGCAAAAUGUUUUGAUCUCCCAAGUACCUUUGUUUCACUUUAUAAAUCCUGUGUUCUUCCUAUACUCGAGUAUGCAUCAGUUGUGUGGAACUCUCUCUGCGUGACGAUGUCAAUCACCUUGAAGCUAUUCAGAAGAGAGCUCUUCACAUCAUUUCUUUCUAUGGCACAUUCCGGCCUUUAAGUUGUAUGAUUAUAAUGGUUUGUUAAAGCAUUUCAAGUUGACCUCCCUGAAUGCACGACGUAAUAUUGCUGAUGCAUUAUUAUUUGCUUUUGUCCUCCUUGAGCUGAGUCUUGUAAUCCACCAUUUUAUGGAGAUAGAUUCUGUCCAUUAACAUAAAAAUUUUAUUAUUUUAGUAUUAUUAAAGUUCACUGGCUCUCAUUAUUUUCUGUAGAGGUAACUGUGAAAACACUUUCUCCACUAAAAACUUUAUUCUAUAAAUGUUAAAUUCAACAGGUUUAUAUAAGGCACUUUUGUAUAACCCUGACUAUGUAGGCAAGGGCUCUCAAGCAUUAGGUACAAUAUGUGACCCAUUGCAUAUGCUAGAAUGCAUCUUCUGCCAUCUUGUAGAAAGGCUGUGUACCCUUAUUUAUACAAAUACACAGGUUUUCACUUCU